AUGCACAUGGAACGAAACUUGAAACUGCAACUGCACAGAAACAUGCAACUCCUACUGCACAUACAAAUGACACUGCAACAGCAAAUGCACAUGCAUCUGCUACAAAACUUGAGUUCCGUUAUUUAUCGGAACAGUAGGCACACUGCUAUUGUACAUAAAAAUGACACUGCAACAGCACAUGCACAUACAACUACCCAUGCAUAUGCUCAUGCAACGGCUACUGAACACAAAAUUGUACAUGCACAUGCUAUUGCAACUACACAUCCUCAUACUCAUGCAACUGCGACUGCACAUGCUCAUAGCAAUGCAAAGGCACCUGCAACAGCACAUGCUACUGCAAUUGCACAUGCACAUGCACAUAAACAUGCAACUGCAACUGCACCUGCACAUGCUACUUCACAGGCACAUGCAAAUGCUACUGCAACUAAACGUGUUACUGCACAUGCACAUAGACCACAUACAUAUGCAACUGUAACUACACACGCAUAUGCAAAUGCAACUGCACCUGCACAUUCACAUAACAAUGCAACUGAAACUGCACAAGCACAUGUAGCUGUUACUGUAACUGCAAAUGCUUAA